AUGUCGGAAAAGAGAUCAAGUAGCGAGUCGAGUGGUUCCUCCUCCCCCAUCAGCUAUCACAGCGUGCAGCAUCAAGAUGAAAUUCACUCGGACCCGGGAGAUCGGCGCCAUGCAAGCUCAGACAGCGACAGUUCACCGGGAACUUCCCCGGGCAGCCCGCAUUCUACGCAGGUUCAUCGCGUUCACUUCGGGGCAGAUAGAACGUUCUCAUACGGAAGCUGGCAGCCCGGAGUCGGCCCCCUAAGCCAGCCAUCGUCUCAUCUACGGCGUCGCUCGUCAGCGCAUCCAUCCAUAGACAUCACAGAAGCACCUCGAAGACGGAAUACGCGGGCUGCAGCUGGUUAUAGAUGGGAACCGGAGGAACUUGAGGGAUCACCAUCUCGUGAAUCAAACACAGCAGAAAAGAGGUCAAAAAAGACACGCCUCAGAGCUUUUCGGGAUACAGUCAAACAGAAGACUGCCCACUGGGCUGCUCGUCUGGGUCGUCCAACAGAAGGCGAGGAUGACCUGCAACCAAUCGACUAUCGUCGUCGCAGCACGGAUGUGCAAAUUAAUCAAGAGGCAGAGGUCAAGGAUCAGAUUACGUGCAGCUCGGAGGCGCACCGCAUUAUCCGGGGCUUGACACACGACGAUCCCGGGCGUCGCCGAAGCACCCGUAGCGAUUCAGUCUUGCAUCAUGCAAUCGAUAUGCCGCCGGAUGAUACUGACGAACUUGUUGGAGCAACAGGCGCAGAGAGCCGACCAACCGGAGGGAUAUUGUCUCACCUGCUACGCCUCAGCGGGGGUCUGGAUCAGGUCCACAAAUCGACCCGGGGACUCAACAUGCCCUCUGGGAUGUGGACUCCAUUCGGUGGAAGCACCCCAGGGACGACCACUCCUCGCAAGGGAAAGCCGCGAUGGUAUAAGAAGCCUCCAAACAUGUCCACAUCCACCUUGGUUGGGGAUCCCAGUCACAGUGGCGCCAGCACCCCCAUUUCGAACCAGCUCCUCAGUGUGGCCUCAAGGCGACGCGACAAGCAUUCUCGACGACGCAGCUUCAGACUGGAAGACGAGAUCCAGGUGACUCUCCGCAUCGCUGAGAUCAUUGCACGACAGCGUUACAUCAUGCAGCUGUGCAAGGCGCUUAUGAUGUUCGGGGCACCUACUCAUCGCUUGGAAGAAUACAUGCUGAUGACCUCCAAAGUGCUUGAGAUUGAGAGCCAGUACCUGUACGUCCCGGGAUGCAUGAUCAUGGCCUUCGACGAUCCCAGCACUCGAACGACGGAAGUGAAGCUCGUUCGCGUUGUACAAGGUGUGAACCUAGGACGUCUCUCCGACACCCACAACGUUUACAAGAACGUCAUCCACGACGUGAUUGGCAUUGAAGAGGCCACUGGAGAAUUGGAGGAGCUCAUGACCAAGAAGCCGCGGUUCAACAAAUGGAUCAUCGUUUUUGUGUAUGGGCUCGCCACGGCCAUGGUGGGACCAUUUGCAUUUAGUGCGCGACCCAUCGAUAUGCCCAUCAUCUUCUUCAACGGGUGCCUCCUCGGAGUCAUGCAACAUGUGAUAGCGCCUCGCUCUGUCCUCUACAACAAUGUCUUCGAAGUGACGGCAGCAGUGCUUACCUCCUUCCUCGCCCGAGCAUUCGGCAGCAUUCAUCGCCCCCACGGCUCGGGCCGGCUCUUCUGCUUCUCGGCCAUCGCGCAAUCCUCCAUUGCGCUCAUCCUCCCCGGCUACACCGUCCUCUGCAGCAGUCUAGAGCUCCAAUCCCACCAGAUCGUCGCCGGCUCCAUCCGGAUGGUCUACGCGAUCAUCUACUCGCUCUUCCUCGGCUAUGGCGUUACCGUCGGCACCACGAUCUACGGAUUAAUUGACAACACGGCCACCUCCAGCCUCAGCUGUCCGUCGGCCGGCGCUUUCAAGAACCCGUAUCUCCAGCGCUUUCCCUUCGUCGCGCUCUUCUCUCUGUGCCUCCUCGUGGUCAACCAGGGCAAGUGGAAACAAGCUCCCGUGAUGACCACCAUCUCCAUGGCCGGCUACGUCACCAACUACUUCGUCUCCGCGCGCCUGGGCAACAACUCGCAGGUCGCCAACACGGUCGGCGCGUUCGUCGUCGGCGUCAUCGGAAACCUCUACAGCCGUCUGUGGCACGGCCACGCCGCGGCCGCCGUCCUCCCGGCCAUCUUCGUGCUGGUCCCCUCGGGCCUCGCCGCGACCGGUAGCCUGAUCGCCGGCGUCGACACGGCCGACCAGAUCCGCUCGAACGUCACCAAGAACCACACCACCACAUCGACGUCGCAGAACUCCGAGUCCUCGAAUAUAUUGGGGUUCGGGAUGAUCCAGGUCGCGAUCGGCAUCACAGUCGGGUUGUUUGUGGCUGCGUUGGUGGUUUACCCGUUUGGGAAGCGGCGCAGCGGGCUGUUUAGCUUUUAG